CUCAAAUCCACCUGUCCGGUCGAGGAGUCGCCGUGACAGGAGCCGCAGCACAGCAGCAACUGCUGAGAGGCCCAGGCGUAGGGUGACAUUGCCGGGGACAUCCACCAGGAGCAACCGCUCCCGCCAGCGACGUCAGGCCUCAACUCAGGCCUCGAAAAUCAGCAUGUAGCGUCAUCUUUUCUUUCUAGUCCGUCUGUUCUCUGCCGUAAGUGAAGGUGAGGAAGCUCAAUACAGGGACCUUGAGAUUUGCAGGUCUCUGAGAAAAGUGUAUUAACUCUUGACAUUGCUAUUGGCAGGAAUCUGUGCUAAAUACCUGAUUGCUGUGUUGCCACCUAUUAAGUGAAAAGUCACUUAAGGGGGUGGCUAAUUAAAAAGGACACUUGUUCCUGCCUUUAGACUCAAACCUCAGAUGUUUCCCCACUGCUUACCCUUGAAAGUGAACCACUCCUUAGUGGGCUUGGAUACGUUUAGGGAGACAGAAGAGCAAGGUGGCUCUUAGGGAAGCUGUCUUUGGAAAGGACAUGUGCUGUGUUGCUAUCCUUAAGCAAUCUGAUUUCAGGAAAGCCAAAAGGAAGAAGAAAGAAGAGAGUGAGACACUGCCUCAAGUGUCUGAAGACAUCGAUUACGACAUUGCUGCUGAUUUAAAAGACUUGUUUGGACCUUCAAAGAACAAACCAGAAAACGCUGAGGACAUACCCUUGGGACAAAGAGGAUGCGCAGGACUCUGUCCCAGCUGACCAUCUGGGACCUUUGCCUGCGAACGACGUAGCUCAGGAGUCGAGUGCUUUCACUUUUCCUUCUUUGGAGACACACAGGAGUCGGGCAUGAAAGAAGAGCCUUACAUACUUGGACCAAUAAAACCGGUGAAAGUCACAUGGCAAGAGGAUCCACGUUUCCAAGACAGCAGUUCUGAGAGUGAUGAUGAGCCUGAACCAUCAGAAAUUGGAAAGGACCAAGAAAUGCAAGUUCCAUUUGUAUUUGUUCUCUCCUUGGUUGUCGUAGUUGGAUGCUGUGGGCAUAUUAAGAGCAGCACUCAGGAAACGGGAAACGGACAUUGCACACCUCUGAGCAGUGAAAGUCAUCUUGGAAAACCGUCUGUGCUGCACCGAGUCAAAACUCCCAGCAGCCCAUUUGAUGUGAAGCUGAAUAUGAAGAGAGAGAAGUUGAGCACAAGAAAUUAACUGGGUCGUUUUGGUUUGACCAAACCCAAACUGAGUUUGGCCAAAAGCCAAAGACACAGUCAGUUUUCUUUUAAAAAGUGGGGUUUUUAUAGAAGGCUCUGUUUGGUUACUGUGGAGUAAAGCUCUUCAAUGUUUACCAUUUCUCUGAAGCGCUGCAGCUCUAACUCGUGUUCAUGGAAUUUGAUAGUGCCUUUUAGGAUGCUAAAAUCCCUUUGUACUUGUCUAGGUUUCUUUCUUUACCACACACGGAAAGUGCUAGAGUCUUCUUCUUCUCCAAAGAUGAUGAACGCCUAAGAGGUACAACAGAACUUAUUCACCCCUUUUGUAUUUUUUUCCUUUUAAACUCUUACUGGAAUUCAGUGAGGAAAAAAUGCUGCCCGCUUAUGAAUGGUUUGUAGUCAACAUUUGCCACCCUUACUUGGGGUCUAGGUUGUGCUAGAAGCCCGUGAGGAAGUCCUGGCAAAAUAAAGGCUGAGCAGCUGUCUGGCUUUCUUUUCUUUCAGAUAAUUGCCUAAUAGGUAUCUGGACUUUUGGAGCUUACCAAAAAAAUAGUCACUGGACAAGUUGCCUAGACAUUUCAGACCCUUUCAGGUAUGUAUAUCAUCUUUAACUUUUUCUUGUCUUUCUGCUGUUAUCAUUAAGAACGUUGAGUAUUCUUAUCAGCCACAUAUGCCCGUGGGGUUCUUUGUCCUCCUGAAUCUCGGUUUUUCUCUUCUGAAUCCAGUGAAUUUUGUACUAAAAACCAAGGAAAACAACAGUCAAAGAAAACAUACGCAGCCCUAAACAUUCCACAGGCCACCAAAACAAUGGCUUGUUACAUUUGAUAGAACACAGUUUUAGGACAGCCUUAAAGGAUGUUUGUUUCUUGAGACCUACUAGAUAACUGUGAUGCAACGAGCUGAUGUGUUCAUACAGUUACUGUCCUGCGUGCUUCCAGCCUGUCUGAUUUACAGCGCGUGUUAAAAUGGGGAUCUCAGUCGUCAGCAGCCAUCAGUUUUGGGGGGAGAUGUGGGAUCCUGGUGUUGAGCUUUUCCUGGAGCAGCUGCUAUUUCACUGCAAUCUAGAUUUCAGCAUGUUCAGGAAAACUGCUGCUGCCUUUCAUUUCUCGCAGUACACGCGGCUGUAACACCGAACAUUUCUGUCGGAGCUCACGUGUGGUGGUGGGGGGAAGCGAAUGGGAAGGAUGUGGAGAAUAGAGCUGCUGACUUUACUGCUGUGUUGCUCAUGAGUGAUCCAAGCAGCAGCAUCAUCAGAAGUGUUUAACCCUUAUAAUUGGUUCUUUGUUUUGUGCAGAGGGCCCAAAGUUAUUUUGUAGAUCAGUAGAGCUCAGUGAAGAAAAAGAGGGUUGGGAAGACAGACGUAGAUUAUUGCUUGAGGUGAGUAUGAAACGUCUGUUCCCUGGUAACUGUGGCUGAAAGCUGAGCACGAGGAGGGAAGAGGGCUAUGAAUCUGCAUGAGAAAUUAAUUCAGGACCUCAACAAGAGCCUGAAACUUUGUAAUUACCAGAGAACAAAAGUGGUUUAGUAUACUGGUGUGUAUAACAUCAGGUUGUGAUGUCACUCAGGUAAACCACUAAAUCUCUGCACGUUACGGGACAGGACCAGAGACUUAACUGUACAUAGAGAAAGUGUUCAAGAGAAACAGUGAGUUCAGAGACUUCUCCUAAUAGUGGAUUCAGAAACUUCUCCUAAUAAUACGUUGGAUUUUCACCAUUUUCUGGAAUGCCGAAGGAAGCAUAAGGACGCCAAAAGAAAAGUGAAAGCAAACCAAUAAAUCUUCUUUUACUGAUGAGAAGCGUGUCAUGUUUCUUCCUUGAAGAAGUUGCAAACCAAUGUUACUUUGGAAAUCCUUUCCAAGAUCUAAUAGGAAAAACUUUUGGCCAAAACUGUCAGCCUGUGUUUCUGAAUAGGAAUACGUGUCCUGUGUCAAUUCAAGAGGGAGAGGACGAGCGCCUGGAGAAGGUCGCGGUGUUCCUGCACGGGGACUCAUCGCAGACCAGAACCAUGGCAGAAGGGAAGCAGGAGGCCUCUGAUGCCAGGGAGCCAGCAUGCCUGCUGUGCCGCCGCGCAGAGGCUGACCCGGACAUCUGCGGCGACAAACAGGAGAAGCACGGGCUCUGUGCCCACAUCUUCUGCCUGAAUUUCGCCAGCCUCAUUUUUCGACAAGACGAUGAUCAGACCGGAUUCACGGGCUGUCGCCCUCGCGAUAUCCAACUUGCAGUCAGCCGGGCAGCUCAGGAGCACUGCUGCGUCUGUGGGGAGACUGGGGCCACCAUCAUGUGCUGUCAGGAAGACUGCGACAGAUGGUUCCACCUGCCCUGUGCCAAGGAGGGUCACUGUGUGACUCAGUACAUAACCCCAUACAGCUCCUACUGCCCUGAGCACUGCCCAGAACAGGAUGUGAGGGCGAUUCCGGAGCCAGGCACCGAAUGCCCCAUCUGCAUGGAGCCUGUGGAGGAGAGAAAGAGCUACACAACACUGGUGUGCCCAGCGUGCAAAAAGGCCUGGUUCCACAGGGACUGCAUCCAGGGACAGGCCUUGCGCGCUGGUGCAUUGUACUUCCAGUGCCCCCUCUGCAGAGACGAUGAUGAGUUUGCUGUCCAAAUGUUCGUCAUGGGGAUCCGAAUCCCCUUCAGACAGCCAACAUGGGAGGACAACGAUGCCUUUGCAGAAUUAGGAGAGAGGCACAGCUGGUGCAAUGCCAGGAAGUGCCUUUAUCCAGGAGGCAGGGAGGAGGCAGAGGAAGAGGGGCCCUGGGAACUGCUCCUGUGCUCCUCCUGUGCUGCUGAGGGCACCCACAGGCGCUGCUCUGGCCUCAGAAACAACACACCCAGCUGGGAGUGCGACAGCUGUGCUGGUCUGGGCACAGCCCCCAGGGAUGAGCCGGAGCUCAAUGCCCCCAGGGAUGAGCCUGAGCUCAAUGCCCCCAGGGAUGAGCCGGAGCUCAAUGUCCCCAGCCUGGCCGGACAGUCAGGAUUGGAGCCUUCUCAUGGAUUGGAGCCUUCCCAUAGCUCUGCACAAUCCGAGGCCAUCAGCCCCAGCUCUGGCAUCCUGGCACCAUCGGGUGUGCCUCCCCUGUCUCCGUCUCCAGAGACCAGCAAACGCAGCAGCGUCCAACAUGCACCAAUGAGGCAGCUGCUGCAAUCUUCCUCGCUGGAGAGCAGCAGCCCCUGCACGGAGAGUGAGGUGACAUCAAGGUCAUCAGACACCAGCCAUUCCAGAGGCUCUGGGUCUGACCGCAGGCAAAAUCGCUCUCGCCGGCAAAGUUGGGCCUCAAAUCCACCUGUCCGGUCGAGGAGUCGCCGUGACAGGAGCCAGAGGACAGGACCAAGGGCUGAGAGGCCCAGGCACAGAAGGACACCAUCAGAGACAUCCCCCAGACGCAGCCGCUCGCGCCAGCAACGUCGGGCCUCAAAUCCACCUGUCCGGUCGCGGAGUCGCCGUGACAGGAGCCAGAGGACAGCACCAAGGGCUGAGACGCCCAGGCCGAGGGAGACAACAUCAGGGACAUCCACCAGGAGCAACCGCUCCCGCCGGCGACGUCAGGCCUCAAAUCCACCUCUCCAGUCGAGGAGUCGCCGUGACAGGAGCCGCAGGACAGCAGCAACUGCUGAGAGGCCCAGGCCGAGGGAGACACCAUCAGAGACAUCCCCCAGACGCAGCCGCACCCGCCAGCGACUUCGCGCCUCAAAUCCACCUGUCCGGUCGAGGAGUCGCCGUGACAGGAGCCGCAGCACAGCAGCAACUGCUGAGAGGCCCAGGCGUAGGGUGACAUUGCCGGGGACAUCCACCAGGAGCAACCGCUCCCGCCAGCGACGUCAGGCCUCAACUCAGGCCUCGAAAAUCAGCAUGUAG